AUGGGUAUCCAAGAAACCGAUCCGUUAGCCCAAUUGAGCUUACCACCGGGUUUCCGGUUUUUCCCGACCGACGAAGAGCUUAUGGUUCAAUAUCUAUGCAGAAAAGCAGCCGGUCAUGAUUUCUCUCUUCAACUUAUCGCUGAAAUCGAUCUUUACAAAUUCGAUCCAUGGGUUUUACCAAAUAAAGCACUAUUCGGAGAAAAAGAGUGGUAUUUUUUUAGUCCUAGAGAUAGAAAGUAUCCAAAUGGGUCAAGGCCAAACCGGGUUGCUGGGUCGGGUUAUUGGAAGGCUACCGGUACGGAUAAAAUCAUCUCGACGGAAGGCAAAAGAGUCGGUAUCAAAAAAGCUUUGGUCUUCUAUAUCGGAAAAGCUCCUAAAGGCACUAAAACCAAUUGGAUCAUGCACGAGUAUCGUCUCAUCGAACCAUCCCGUAGAGACGGAAGCUCCAAGUUAGAUGAUUGGGUUCUAUGUCGAAUAUACAAGAAGCAAUCAAGCGCACAAAAACAAGUUUACGAAAACGUAAUCACGAGUACUAGAGAACUCAGCAACAACGGUACUUCGUCAACGACGUCGUCUUCUUCACACUUUGAAGACGUUCUUGAUUCAUUACACCAUGAGAUCGACAACAGAAAUUUCCAGUUUUCUAAUCCAAACCGGUUCUCGUCGCUUAGACCGGACUUGACGGUAGAGAAAACCGGUUUCAAUGGUUUAGCGGAGACAACGAGCUACGAUUGGGGUAAUUUUGCAGGUAGUGCGGAGCAUAAUUCGGGUCCAGACCUCGGACUGAGUCAUGUUGUUCCUAAUCUCGAGUACAAUUGUGGUUACCUCAAGACAGAGGAGGAAUUUAACAACAUGGAUGACUUGGCUCAAAAGGGUUAUGGUGUUGACUCGGUCGGGUUUGGGUAUUCGGGGCAAGUUGGUGGGUUCGGGUUUAUGUAA